AGAAAGGACUGGCGUUCCAUAACAUGUGCUGAGCUGGCGUGUCGCGCGGUUUCGAUGGAACGACCAACAAGAACGCUGUCGUCCAGUGUUCCAGGAGGGGAAAAAGUUAUUGUGCGCGCACCAAAGCCAUGCACCAUGGACGCGCUCCAAGAGGCGCGCUUCUCGUCAGUCCAUAUAAAACUGAAGCGCCAGAUCUCUCAAAAGCUCUACGCGAGAUAGCGUUAAGCGCGUGCCACUCCCGAGCUCAUCACGAAUAAGUGCCAAACUAGGUGUAAAGAUGCACAGAACAACUAGAUCCCCAAUGAUGCAACCCCUGGUCAACUCGGGAAUGGGCAUAGCUCCUUUCUUCAAGGUGACUGUGUUCGAGCAGGAGCACUUCCAGGGCAAGUGCCAGGAGUUUACCUCUGAGUGCUGUAACAUCCAGGAGUGUGGUCUGGACGUCAUCCGCUCCAUCAGGGUGGAGAGUGGAGCCUGGGUGGGCUUUGAGCACCAUGAUUUCCAGGGCCAGCAGUUCAUCCUGGAGAGAGGAGAGUACCCCCACUGGGACGCCUACAGCGGCUCCCUGUCCUACCACGUGGAGCGCCUCAUGUCCCUGCGUCCCAUCUACUGUGCUUCCCACAUGAGCAGUCGUAUGAUGAUCUUUGAGAGAGAGAACUUCAUGGGCCGCAGUGUUGAGCUGUGUGACGACUACCCCUCCCUGCAGGCCAUGGGCUGGUCCAUGCCCGAGGUCGGCUCCAUGCACGUGCAGUGUGGCGCCUUUGUGUGCUACCAGUACCCCGGCUACAGGGGCCAGCAGUACAUCAUGGAGUGUGAGAGACACAGUGGAGACUACCAGCACUGGAAGAACUGGGGCUCCCACUGCCAGACCCCCCAGAUCCAGUCUAUCCGCCGUGUCCAGCAUUAAGAGGGGCUAGUAGUGGCUGAGAGGCCCACGGACAGCAACCCCAUGCCCAGGCGCUGCUCUACCCCAUAUCCCCCCCUGCCUUACCCUGACAGGAAGAGCAGUCGCCCCUAACUACCGACUCACCACGUACCACUGACACUCACAGCCGCGCCGAGGUACGAUAGCAGACUAUAUCGCACUGUAAACGCACAGGAACACGCACACACACACAUACUGACAUGACUGACACUCACAGACGUACCUAUACUGAUAUAACACACACCAUGUCUUUUACCAGGUUAAAGCACCCGCACACAGACACACACACUUGCGCUGUUCUACCUGAACCCCCCAACCCCUCUGUCCAGGUCACCUGGGCUGAGCGGGGAGCCAAGCCACACACCGUGCUCGAACCAGAGGAGAGGUCAACGUUUCCUCAGAAAACAGUUUCAAGAUGGCUGCCUCUGUAGUGCAGCUCUGAUGUGAUGUUGUGUGUAGGAGGUUGAACCACAGGUUACCUAAUAAACUCAUGUUCACUUCA